GGCCGUGUCUGGGAAGCGGCUGCUCCUCGGAACGACGACCCAGGCAGGCACUGGCUGGAGCACGGUUGCCGCCUCAGGUAGGGACAGCGCCCAGGCGGGUCCGACGCCCCAGGAACAGUGAGCAGAAUGAACACCCUCCAGGACCAGAGUGGCUGCUCCAGUAACAAAGAACCUCUUUUGAGGUGUAGUGAUGCAAGGAGGGACUUGGAGCUUGCUAUUGGUGGAGUUCUCCGUGCUGAACAGCAACUUAAAGAUAACUUACGAGAGGUGAAGGCCCAGAUUCACAGCUGCAUCAGUCGCCACCUGGAAUGCCUUCGGAGCCGAGAAGUGUGGCUGUGUGAGCAGGUGGAUCUCAUCUAUCAGCUUAAAGAGGAGACGCUGCAGCAGCAGGCUCAGCAGCUCCACUGGUUAUUGGGCCAGUUCAAUUGUCUUAUUCACCAGCUGGAGUGUUCCCAAAACAAAGACCUAGCCAAUCAAGUCUCUGUGUGCCUGGAGAGACUGGGCAGUUUGACUCUGAAACCUGAAGAUUCUUCUGUCCUUCUCUUUGAAGCAGACACAACUUCUCUGCGCCAAACCAUCACCACCUUUGGGUCCCUUAAGACCAUUCAAAUUCCUGAGCACCUGAUGGCUCAUGCCAGUUCAUCAAAUUUUGGGACCUUCAUAGAGAAAAGAAGUUAUGUCUCAAUGCCAGAGCAGAAGUUGGCAUCCAGUAGCACUGUUCUUCCUCUCAGUGAAUGGCUUCUUGGAAGCAAACCUGCUAGUGGCUGGCACGAUCCUUACACACCCAGCACUAACCCUCAAGACUGGCUCACCCAAAAACAGACCUUGGCAAACAAUCAGACUUCUACCGGAGCCUGCAGUUUCUUCAGUAAUAUCUGGGGUAACCUGAAGGGUUUAGAAAACUGGCUCCUGAAGAGUCAGCAACAAGAAGGUCCUGGAAAGCCAAGUUCCCAGAAGUGUAACAGCUGUUCUAUCAAUGAAGGUGAAAAGGCAGAAGAUCUAGUGCUCCUUGAUGAAGAUGAGAUGGACCUGUCAGAUUGGCUGGUGACUCCUCAGGAACCUUGCAAGCUUGAGAAGCCUGAGAAUGGCAGCCAUGAAACCAGUGAAAAAAUUAAGCUCUUGUUCCAGGUGUUCCAGGAGCCCUACAGUGUGAAUGAUUGGCUUGUCAAGCCUGACUCCUGUACCAACUGUCAGGGUAACCAGCCCAAAGGUGUGGAGAUUGAAAACCUAGGCAAUCUGAAGUGCCUGAAUGACCACUUGGAGACCAAGAAAGCACUGUCCACCCUCAGCAUUACUGAGGAUUGGCUUGUUCAGAGCCAUCAGGACACAUAUAAAGUAGAGGAAGUAUGCAAAGCCAACGAGCCCUGUACAAGCUUUGCAGAGUGUGUGUGUGAUGAGAAUUGUGAGAAGGAAGCUCUGUGUAGGUGGCUUCUGAAGAAAGAAGGGAAAGAUAAAAAUGGAAUGCCUGUGGAAGCCAGACCUGAGCCUGGGAAUCACCAAGAAUCCCUAAAUGUGUGGCUCUGUCCUUCCAGAAAAGAGGUAACAGAACAAGCUAAGGCACCCAGAGCCCUGGCUCCUGCCCGAGUUUCCGAUUCCUUCCAAGCCAUAUGGAAUAGUUCCUUAUCAGAGUGGCUUACCAGGUCUAGUGCUGAGGACAGAGCUGGCAAACAAAAGCUUCAGAGCCCUAUGACUACUUCCUGGAGUCCCUUUAACACUGCUGAUUGGGUCUUGCCAGCCAAGAAGGUGGGAAACCUGAGCCAGUUAUCUACAGGAGAAGACAAGUGGCUACUUCGAAAGAAGGCCCAGGAAGUAUUUCUUAACUCACCCCUACAAGAGGAACAUAACUUUCCCCCAGACUGUUACGGUCUCCCAGCAGUUUGUGAUCUCUUCACCUGUAUGCAGCUUAAAGUUGAUAAAGAAAAGUGGCUAUAUCGAACUCCUCUACAGAUGUGAUGGAAUGGAUUGUGAGAGUCGAACAGCUUUUCUGCAGAUUAUCACACAUCCACGAGCUGAGUGACUGCAGUUUGCCAAAUCAUUGUAUUUCUAGGUCUGAUCAAUGAGCUUACUUCUUUUAUGUCUGACUUUAAACUAGUGAAGUCAUCAAAUUAUGAGUUGCUUUAUAAAAGAAAGGCUAUUUGUUGAUGCUGAGGUGACAGUCUUUCUUACUGAAGUAUUCACUUAGUACACCCACCUCUCCCCACUAGAAAUACAGCAUCUUGGUGGGCAGGUUUUCACCAGCUUCCACAGCUCAGAUUGAGUGGUUACUAGAACAACAAAAACACUGUAGUUUUAGAAGUGAAGUAUUUUAUAAUCAAGGUGCGCUAGUGUCUCCUAAAGCCAGUAAACUUCUCAAACCUUUUGACUGCCCUUUAGAUACUUCUUUUGCUAUGGGCUUUCUUCUAGUGGUCCAAAAACAAGUGAUUAUUCUGUUCAAUUAAUUUAUAGGAUAGUUCACACAAGUAAUUAACCUUGUCAAUUUAGUAGGUUUUGUUCUUAAUGACAUUAACUAUCAGACAUUUUAGCCUACAUGUUAUUUCUAUUAAUUUUUCAUUAUUUGAAAUGCAGUUACUGAAGAUUUUGCCUUUAUUCCUUUCUCUGAAUGUUAUUAAAGUAUCCAUUGAGCUGUUUGAGGACUCUUGUUUCAGAACCAUUUUCAAGGUAGUCUUGGCUUCUGUCAUCAUAUACAGACCUUAUAUGCUUUAAAAGAAUCCCAGCGCUAAGAGAAAAAGGUGAGAGUUGGAAAUCUAGUACUUGAAUCAGUCAUUACCCUAGGAUUACUGGUGCAUCCUGUGUAAAUGGAAUCUAAGCUUGACACCUGGUGCUUUUAACUGGGGAUAAAGUCGAAGUCCUAUCACUGCAAUCAAGUGUUCCUGAAUCUCCCAAAUAGUACUGUGUGAACAGGCUGUUUUAAACACUUGUGCCUUGGGGUGCUUAUUGAAACUUUAUGAAAACUGUUGACAUUUUAUCAACAUCCUUAAGUUUCUUUGUAGGAGAGAAGUGGGAUUUAUGUUUAAAAGUUCUCUGCAAGAUCUCAACUGCCUUUUGGGCUUUGAAACUAUCAAACUUCCUAACUGCCUACGUUACUGGAAAUACUUCAGUGACACAGUUGACUCUGCCAUACAGUUUUACUACAACUCUUUGAACCACAACUAUAAAGAGCCUUUAUUGUCUUCUCCUCCCCCCCCCUCAGAUACCAUUGAGAAUUACUAACAUAAAGGUGGUGGGUUCAAACCAACUUGAGUCUUUCCAGCAUCUUAGGUUGCAGAAAAUUUUGUGGUUUCUCUUUUGAGCUCUUAAACACUGUAUUUUACAUUAUUAAUCACUAUGCUGACAAGUAUGUGAAACAUUCUUUUGCAUUGAUGCAUUUUAUACCUCUCCAUUAAAAGCAUAACAGCCA